AUGAUCUCCAACAUUGCCAGCUGACAGCUGGACACUCACAGCAGCAGUGCACCCUGAGCAGACGAGGGCAGACGAACGGGCCCGCCUCUCGGUAAACCAUGGCCAUGCGGCGGCCGAAGAAGCUCACCCGUCCGACGGGCUCCUCUUCCGCCUCCCGCCUUGGGCCCGGCAUGAAGACGAUGGACCUGCGCUUUUUUCCUGAGGGAGGAUUGGGCCUAGCAGGAGGUAGCAGCGGCAGCAGGGGCAUGGGUGCCGCGGCGCCCCCAUCUCGUUGGGUGAUAUCGUGGGAGGUUGGGCCGGGAGCCACGGUGGACCGUGGGCUAAAGCUGGCGAAGUUGCACUCCGUGGACGUGGACAAGGAUGGAGGCCCAGGCGACACGAAAGAGCAGUUCAUCGUGGCACCCCGCGAAGGAAUCCUGACGGAACUGUUGGUGCCGACCGGCGGACAAGUAUCCCCAGGACAAAGCUGCCCCGACCAAGACGCCCCCGCCGCCGAUAACGCCUCGUCAAAGACACCUAUCGCCGCCGCCGCCGCAGCAGCAAUCCGCACGGACUCUAGAGUUGACCCCCAGGCCAGUGGCGCAGGGGUCGUUGUGGGGCGUAUCAGCUUCUGCGCGCACCAGGAGCUGCACGGGACCUUGUGCACCAGCUGCGGGCGCGUCGUCUUGUCGCCGUCGGAGAACGGUAGAGGUAGAGGGCAAGGCGGUGCCGGCGGCGGCGGUAGCGGAGAGCGGCAGGAGGAAGGCGGGGGUGACACACAUCAGGUCUUGAUGAAGGGCGGAAAGAUCAUGUCGGUCACCGCUGAAGGCCGUCGAAUGAUGCACAUGAACAAGUCGGGCAGGCUCCUGAACAGCAAGAAGCUGUCGCUAGUGUUGGACCUUGAUAACACGCUGCUACACUGCUCCGAUCACCCGGAUGCAGGAAGGGUGGUCGUGCCAGGAGUGGAUGGGAUACACGCCCUUAGGCUCCCUAACCAGCAGCGAGAGUACUAUAUCAAACUCAGGCCCGGCCUCAGACGGUUCUUGGCACAGGCGGCGACGAUGUUCGAGAUGACCAUUUACACCGCCGGAACUUCGCAAUACGCAGAUGCGGUGGCGAGUGUGCUUGACCCCGACCGGAGCCUGUUUCAGGGCCGACACUUCUCGACGUGCUACACGCCAGACCUAGGCCGCAACACCAAGUCGCUGGAAAGAAUAUUCCCGAACGGCUUGGACAUGGCGCUGAUCGUGGAUGACCGAGAUGACGUUUGGAGGGGAGAGCAGGCAAAGAACCUCCUUCUCGUCAGACCGUACAAGUUCUUCGUGGGACAGCGGAGCGUCCCCGGCGGGCCAACCCACGAUGCCGGACCACAUCCACAACCCCGUCCGACACCAGCUGCGGCGCCAGCACCGUUCUGGGAACGGUUGGAACGUUCUGCGGCACAUUCUCCGCUGCCCGGGGCAACCAAGAGCGGCCUUCCGGGUGUCGGAGAGGAUGGUGAUAGGAGCAAAGAAGGAGAAGGGGAGGAAGAGGAGGAAGAAGCGGAGGAGCUGGGAGCGAGGGACAAGGGAGCUAUGACGACUGGACAAGCGAGGAAACCGAGUAGGGGGGAAGAGGAGGAAGAGGCCAACGGGAAGAAGUCCGUCGUGAAUGUUCGCGACAAUGGUGGCGGGAGGGCUUCUCCUGCCGAGCGAGGAGAAGACGAGGAUAGUGAUGUGGAAAUGAACGGAGUUAAAGUCGGGAGACGACAGGGCGAGCAGCAGCAGCUUGAGGAGGAGAAGGAGGUUGGGCAGGGGGUUGGUCCACAUGACAGCGGUAACGGGGGAGGAGGCAAGGGAAAAUCCUCCUCCUCCUCCUCCUCCUCCUGCUCCUCGUCGUCGGACAAGCAGGUGGCUAGCCUGGGAGACGGGCUGGCGCGGGUGUUGCAAAAUAAGCGACAAGAGCAUGAGGCUGGGGGGGGCAGCAGCAGUCGUGGAGCGGAAGAAGAAGGAGGUGGCCACGUAGGGGGAAAUAGACUAUCGGUGCCAGGGACGAAAAAGCCAACGGUUGCUAGCGACAGCACACUCGAUGAGGACGGCAAGGAGAAGGAAAAGGAGGAGGAUGCUGCAGAUGCCGUUGGGAUAGGUUCGCCAGAGACGGGAGCCGACGACCGUGCAGCGGCGGCCGCAACGCCGGGCGAUUCCGGGAAACCCGCAGUAGCUCUCGCUGCCGCUGCUGCCGCUGCUGCUGCUGCGGGCGAUGGGGGUGGUUCCGGCGGCGACGGUGGUUCCGGUUCGCUAGCCAGAACUAGCAGCAGCAGCAGCAGCAGCACCACCAACAGCAGCAGCCUGGAGGGGCAUCCACUGGGGCGGCGACGAGAGAUGCUUGCGCCGCCGAUGUCGCCGCCGAAGGUCAUCGCUAGCGCGGAGAACGACCCUCAGUUGGACUGCACGUUCAAGACCCUGGAGGCUGUGCACGGAGCUUUCUACGCGCCGGAGAAUAGCAACCACGGGCAACCACGGGCCGCAGCCGGAUUCCUGGCGAAGGUCCGCCUGCGGGUUUUGACGGGAGUUCGCAUGGUGUUCAGCGGCGUUAUUCCCGUGUCGGGCGCCCCCGCGGACCCCCGCACGCACCGCCUCUGGAUGAUGGCCGAGAGCCAUGGUGCCAAGGUUGAGAGAGACAUCGGCAGGCACACGACGCACGUGGUAGCGGCGAGGCUGGGCACCGCCAAGACGAAGACGGGUUUGAGGAUGCCGGGUGUGUUCGUGGUGCACCUGGACUGGCUGAUGAACAGCGUGUGGCACUGCCGGAGAGAGAGGGAGACCAUGUUCCUGCUCGCGGGGCAAAUCUGCGGUGGAGAGCCGCCGCCUCUUCCCGCGCCCCUCCCCCCGCCGGAAUCGUCCAUGUCGUCCGCCGACGCGAACCGGAGAGGAAGCAUCUCGUCGCCUCGAAGGGGGCGGUCGUCCGAGAGCGGAACGGCCAGCAGCGGCGGUAGCGGUAGCGGCAGCGAGAGCGGGGACGGUGGCUGUGGCGGUGGCGGCGGUUCGAGCCCCUGUGGUCCCGGAAAAUUUGGUGGGAAACGACAACGACAAGGGGAGGACGAGGACGAGGACGAGGACGAGGACGAGGUUGAUGACCGCCGCGGCGACGAGGCCUUUACUACUAGGGGGCGCAGCGGUAGCGGGGGUGGGGGCGUGUGGAGGAGGAGUCCCGGCAGGCCGGAUAGCCAAGGUAGUGUAGGGGGGAGGUCUCGGUCCGUGAGCUCCUCCAUCGGCAGGGCUAGCAGUGUGAGCAGCGGUAGCGCGGAUGACGGCAGCAGUGUCGGGAGCGACUUAGAUGGCUUGGUGGACGAGCUCGAAAACUCCUCGUGAUCCUGUCCGGAGCUAGGAUAUUGCCUCCAAAGCCCAUCCAGCAUCUACAUAGAUAUUUCAUUUAGCGGCCACGCUUGCCGUUGGUUCGUGCUUGACCGGUGCGUUCGGCAACGCAAUGUUUUGGAAGGUCUAACGGCUCGGUAGAUUUCGAACACCAACUGCAGACAACGGUUCCAUUGUGUUAUGCUUUGCAAUUUAGCGUUGUGGUUGAAUCUGCCCCGUCACUCGUUGUUUCCAGUGUUUUCGUCGGAAGCUUUGCCUAGAUAGAUGUAAGUCGUUGCUUGUUUCGCCGUUGGCGGAAAACGCCGCGAGCUUGGAGACAUUGGACGCCUAGCAUGAUUAGACUUUACACGUCGCUCUUCGGGUGUUUUCCCGUAUGCAUACAAAAGCUGCUUUUGCCUUUCUUUCUCUCUGUGCGCUGAUAUAUUUGUUGCCAAGAUUGUUUCCCCUCGUCUUGGAUUGUUUUGUGCCGGCGCCCUUUGUUUGCGGGUACUCUUUUUUCUAUUGACUCUUGCCGUUGGUUGUAGUGUCCCCAGCCAUAGGGUACGUGCCGAGGCCGGAACGCUCUCUCUCUCUUUUCCUGUUGUUGCCGUAGGCCGACUUAUGCGGCAAUAACUGUUUAUUGUGCUUCAGCGGCUCUGUCCUGGCCAAAAGAGAGCCAUUUUUUGGGUGGGUUCCGUAGGAUGGGAUAUUGAACGAAGUCGAGUGAAACAUCCGCCAUCAUUAUCCGUUGUUUCAUCACCAGUCGUACGUGGGCGAUACGAAUGCGGUGUGUAUUUAUUCUUCUUAUUUUGUUGGGAUUUUUUACAAGAAUGUAUUAUCCUGCGUGGUGGGACCGUCUACUGCUGCGUGGCUUUCCACCCGUCCCACCUUGUCUCAAAACGCACACGUAAAGUGCUGCGAGAUCCGGAUUUAGCAGGAGGCUUGAAAAGAGAGAUUCAAAUGGACCAUCGAGCGUGU